CAAGACAUUCAAGAUUCUUGGGAAUCUGAAAACUGGAAAAAUGUUAAAGAUUUCUAUACAACUACUUUUGAAUCUGUUCUGGAACUAAAUGCAGCUUUUAAGAGAGAUCCAAAUAAAGAGUAUAAAACUAUAGAAGAUUCGGGUCUUAAGUUGGAUUUUAUUUCAAUUGUAUAUGAUAAUCUCAUACAGUUGCCUCAAGAUGUACAGAAAGAUGUAUUGAAAGCUAUUAUUAAUAGUCUGCUGAAAGAUAAAAAGCCUCAUUCUAAAGAUGAUCUACGAGCAUAUAUAGUAUUACUACAGAAUCCACAGUUUAGAUCUACUACAACUUAUGUGAUAUUUGCUCAUUUAUUACGUCAAAUAGCAGCUUUAUCUGAUCAUGACCAUCAUUUUCUUGUACAUUGGUUAAAAAGAUUAGAAAGAGAUAGAUUUAAAAGUUUAUUAGAUAGACUACAUAACUUUAUAUCAGUGAGAUUAUUCCCACCAAAACCACAAGAUUUACCUCCCCUAGCUAAAUGUUCUUGGUGGAUACCCAGUGCUACAAAAGUCAUGGCGUUAUUGAAUGCUGCCAACACUGUAAUAACUAUCGUACCCCAUACUGCAUUCUAUAACAGUACAUUGGACCAUUUAGAUUUAAUGGCUGAAUAUUAUGCCUGGCAAAAUCCUAGUUCUCAUGCAGGAUUUUCCUUCUGCCAGUAUCCAUUUAUAUUAAGUAUUGCUGCCAAACGUACAAUAUUACAGAGAGAUUCUGAACAGCAGAUGAUCAUUAUGGCUAGGAAAAGUUUAGUUGCUAAGGUUCAGCGAAGACAGUUACCAGAUAUAGGAAUGUUGUUUUUAAAUUUAAAAGUUCGAAGAACUCAUCUUGUGUCGGAUUCAUUAAAUGAGAUUGCAUGUAAACAACAUGAUUUAAAGAAGAAAUUAAAAGUGACGUUUUCUGGUGAGCCUGGUUUAGAUAUGGGUGGUUUAACAAAAGAGUGGUUUUUAUUAUUACUCAGACAGAUAUUUCUACAAGAAUAUGGUAUGUUUAAAUAUGAUAAAAGAGCUGGUGUAUAUUGGUUUAAUCCGAACGUUCGAGAGAAUUACCAAGAGUUUAACCUAGUUGGAGUUUUAAUGGGUUUAGCUGUAUAUAAUAGUAUUAAUUUAGAUGUCAGGUUUCCACCAGCUUGUUAUAAGAAAUUACUCAGUCCAGCUGUAGUACCAUUCAGUAAUCCUAGAGCCACUGUUGGUGUAUCUAAUUUUAAUCUUGAUGAUCUGAUACAGACACAACCAGAAGUGGCUAAAGGGUUACAAGAUCUAUUAGAAUAUCCUGGUGAUGUAGAAGAAGAUUUCUGUCUGACCUUUCUGGUAUCACAUAGUGAGUUUGGUUCAGUUACUACAACUCCUUUAAAGCCAAAUGGUGAAAAAAUUCCUGUUACAUCUAAAAAUAGAAAAGAAUAUGUGAGUUUGUAUGUAGAUUGGGUUUUAAAUAAAUCUGUUUAUCGACAUUUUCAAGCUUUUUAUCAUGGUUUUCAUAGUGUUUGUGCAUCUAAUGCUCUUAUUAUGUUAAGACCAGAAGAAGUAGAAAUGUUAGUAUGUGGUAAUCCUACUAUUGACAUGUCACAGUUACAGAAAGUUACAGUUUAUGAUGGUUAUAAUGCUACAGAUCAAAUUAUCAAAACAUUUUGGGAUGUUGUUACCAAUAUGUCAGUAGAUUAUCAGAAGAAAUUUUUACUAUUUACUACUGGUAGUGACAGAAUACCUAUUGGUGGAAUGUCAGAGAUGCAUUUUAAAAUCACUAAAGUAGAUGGUAGUGAAUUAUUACCAAUGGCUCACACAUGUUUUAAUCAGUUAGUUUUACCACCAUAUAAAAGUAGAAAAGUUUUAAAACAGAAAUUAAUGAAAGCUAUCAACAAUGCUGAAGGCUUUGGUUUAGAAUAA